AUGGCUUUGGCUAUUGUGAAGGCACCAGGGCCUGACACAAGAGUGUUGGAGCCUUUGCGCUCUUUGGCCGAACUCACUCCUCAUAUGCCUGCACCUAUUCACCAUCGGCAUACAGAGGCAACCUCUGCUGUGCUUUGCAUGUUCUUUUUCGCCGCCGGUUUGGAGAAGCGCAAGCGAAGGAAGAGACACACGGGUUUGCCUAAGCAACUUGCCGAGUUGGGAAGCUUUUACUUUGGCCGGGGCGACGCUCACAGCAGUCCUGGAAGCCUGAAGUUAACCCAAGUGGCUCAGGAUGUCAUUGGUGCUGCCAGUCCUCUGAACGUCUUCAAGAACGACAGUGGCAGCACCGGCGUCGCAGUGUUGCCAAAUCCAACAGUCAAUGAGACGAAGGUGCAACGGGAUGUGAUCGGCGCUUGGCUCAUUGGCGCCAUCGCGUUACCCGCUUGGCAUGUUUUGCCAGUCUUCCUCGAUCUCAAGAUUGCAGCAGACCCCGCAUUGCCUGGAUUAACCCAAGACACUCUUCCAAUCGCAACAACGGCCAUCUUUGUGGGCUGGCUCGCAAGUGCCACGAUCUUAGACAAAGCGCUUGAAGUGUUUGACCAGAAGCAGCUCCUUGUGCUGCACAUCAUUGGUCUCUUGGUGGUUGUCCUGGCAACUGUGACUGUGCCGUAUUUGACGGCGGGGAAUCUGAUUGUCUUCACGGCUAUCAGGUUUAUCUAUGGUCUUUUGAUGAACAUCACAGCUCUUCAGUGCAUCUACAUACAAGAGCGGCUUCCCAAAGAUCAAGGCAACCAAGUGCUUGUCCUGAACAGCAUCGCAUACUGUCUUGUCACCAUGCUGAUGGCUUGGUCAUGCAGCGGACUCACUUUGGCGAUGGACUGGAGAUUCGAAGCUCUGUUUUGGUGCAGCGCACCCCUAAUCUUCGCUCUUGCUGUUGGUUUUUCUGAUAGCUGGAUGAUCGUGCAGUCGCUCCCGGUGGCCGUCCGCAAACAGCUCCGCAACAUUCAGAAACCUUCAGUGGCAGAAGUUGAAAGCGGCGAACGUAAAAACCUGACCUUUGCAGAGAACAGAAACAUGGCAGCGCUGGCUGUUGCGUUUCUCGCUCGUGGCUGCGGCUUCUACGGUCUAACCUACUCAGCUGGACAACUCUCUCCUGACAUUUACAUGAGCUGCAUGCUUUUGCAUGGUGGUGACAUUCUUGGCUACUUGCUGGCGCUCACAGCAGACAAAUACGGAAGGAACAAUGUCCAGGCGCUUUGCUUCUUCGCAGCUUGCAUAUGCUUAAUGCUUUGCAGCACAGGGGAGCCCGGUACUCCCUUCGUGCUAUCAUUUGCGGUGGUCGGGCGCUUGUGCUUGGACGUGUGCUUCACGACUAUCUAUGUGGCUUUGGCCCAGAUCUUUGCUGGUCGUGCUUCGAAGGUUGCCUUCACCACAUGUGAGACUACAGCACGUGUGGGUGGAAUCAUUGCUCCCUUAAGUGGAACAUGGCCCACAUCCGUAUCUUGUCCGCUCUUUGCCAGUGUUUGCCUAGCGGCAGCUUGCUGUACAAUGACAUUGCCUGAGGGUGCCGCGGAUGUCAACGAUGGGAAUGAUGAAAAAGCACAGCUUUCAAAGGGAAACAAGGAGAGCAGUGAAAUGGCCUUGGUGAAUGAAGAGACACAAUUGUUUACAAACGUUGUGGCUUGACAGACCACACCAGAGACACGUGGUUAGUCCUUGUGUCUAAGUCUGCAUUCGAUUAAUGCCCCUUCGGGCUAGGCUUCAUUAGCCUAGCAGAGCAUGAGGGGCAUGACCUAUCUGUUUUAGGACGCAUCCAACGAGUCUUGAUCUUGGAUGUGUCGCUGCCACUUUUCCUUGCUUUGCCAUUCCUCAUUCGCGCACUGGCCAUGAUUGCCAAGCAAUGCUGGUGCCGGGAAACGAGGUUGGCUGUCAUUGUGCAGCUCGGACAAAGACCGCGUGAUUUGAUUCGAUGUUGCUAACGUGAUUGUGGGAUAUUGCGGUGGCAAAUUGUUGACCGCAUUGACCUGCGACAACAAUCAAACCUUUUGAUG